ACUCACUCGUUAACUGCCGAUGUAAAACAAUGUAAUUUCUUCAGCAACGAUUUUGUUACUCUCUUUCUCAUGGGCGUAAACCGUAAACGUAUGUAAAUCGAUCGCUAUUAGACGACAAUAUUUAGCGAUUGCUUUAAUCUUUCUAAACUAUAUUUUUACUAGCAGGUUUUUAAGACUUUAUCUUAAUGCUGUAAAAAUAAUUGCAAAACAAAAUGAUGCAUCACUUAAUGCAGUCCAUUUUUAUUGCUCGAGAUUUUUCAUUGCAAACGUACGGAAAAUGUUUCUAUCGCUCAAUAACGAAACUGACUGACACACUAGAAGCUGCUGAAAAAAGGAAAAGCGUACCACUCAUUUCCAAUGAUGUAAUAACCGCCUCCAUGCAAUCGCAUGCAAUUCCAACAAUGAAUGCAACUGUAACGACAACGAAGACGAUGCCAUUAGUGGAAACGGCAAAUUUUGACAUAGCCACGGAAAGUUUCAAAUUUCCUAAAGUUAUUCCACGUGUUCGUAUAGAAAAAGUACCAUUACCAUUUGAGGAGAUUCCUGGCCCGAUGAUUCUGAAAUUAUGGGAGAAAUAUUGGAGAUACGUGCCACUCUUGGGUACGCAACUGUUUUGCAGUCUGCUAAUAAGCAGACUUACUCAGGGACGAUUAUCAUGGAAUCGUAAUGUCACACCAAUUAAGUACUUGUUUGAUGAAUAUGGAUGUAUUGUGCGGAUUAACGGACCGCUUGUAAAUGAUAUAAUUAUGAUUCAUAGACCUGAGCACAUAGCAGAAGUUUUCAAUCAAGAGAGCGAGUCACCUAUUCGUAGUAGCAUCGACAUUCUUCAACAUUAUCACCUUAAUCAUCAGAAAUAUCGUUCGGCCGGAGCGUUUUCUCUAGAAGGUUUAGAAUGGUUGGAAGUAAAAAAGAAAAUCAAUCAGCCGUUGCAUGAGACUAUUUCCGAUUAUGUUGGAAAACUGGAUUUAGUGUGCGAUGAACUUGUUAACAAAAUUCGUAACAUACGCAAUCGUCAAGAUGAGGUACCAGCAAAUUUUCAUCAAGAACUUACUGCAUGGGGUAUGGAAUGCUUCUACGUGACGAUGUUCAACAAGCACUUCGGUUUUCUUGAUUCUACCUCAAAAUCAGCUUCAGAAGCUACAAAAAUUAUUAAUGCAUUAAUCACUGCUCAUACAUAUAUGAGUCGCUGUGAAACUGGAUUUCAAGUGUGGAGAUUCUUUGAAACUCCAUUCGCCAAAAAGCUUUAUGCAGCUUGCGACUUUCUUGAUGAAGUUAUUGGAAAAAAUAUUUGCCAAACUCAGAACAAGCUGCAGGCUUCAUUGUUAUCAAAACAAGAAAAAUCUAUGGAUGAGGAGAAAAAUUUACCAUUACUCGAAAAAAUGAUGAUUCAGUGUAUUCAUCCAAACGACAUUUCAAUUCUCUUGAUGGACAUGAUUAUUCUAGGCGUCCAAGCUGUCAUUAAUUGCGAGGCGUUUCUACUUUAUUUCCUGGCAAAAAAUCCUAGAAUACAGAAACGAUUGUACAAUGAAAUAAUGACUGUUCUAUCUAAAACUGAACAUACUCUGACAAAAGAAAGCUUGAAGGAUAUGCCAUAUCUAAAAGCAUGUAUAAAGGAAAGUCUUAGGUUACGACCAGCAUUCCCAUAUUUAACGAGAUUACUGCCGACGACAAUUUCGUUACACGGAUAUACGAUACCAAAGGGAACUUUCGUCAUAAUGGCAAAUCAAAUAACAUCACAACGUGAGGAACAUUUUGAAGAUCCUGAAAAGUAUCAACCAGAAAGGUGGUUGAAUCAUGAUGAAUAUGCACGUAAUGAUUAUCAAGAGUAUUCGUGUCUACCUUUUGGCUAUGGAAUACGAUCCUGUCUGGGAAAAAAUAUGGCUGAAACACAAAUGAUGUUACUCACUGCAAAGUUGAUACAAGAAUUCACAAUCGAGUAUGAUUACGCUGAAAUCCGAAGUCGAUUUUUUAUGAUAAAUGUACCAAAUAGAGCAUUACGUUUUCGAUUCGUAGAUAGAAAUUUAAAAAAUGAUAAGAAAUAUGGAAUUUAAAUAAUUUAAAAGGACCUGCAAAGAACAAGAUAAUUAUUAAAUGUGAAGGUGUAUUCUUAUUAAGAUUAUAUUUAAAAGUUAUUAUCAUAAGAUUAUCUUUCUGUACAAAAAGCUGUAUAAAGGAGGGAAAAAGCAAA